AACCGCAUUCUAGGUUUUAAAGAAGACACCCCAAUUCGAAAGCACGUGUAUCAUGGCGCAACACUAUUCUCGUAAGAACAAACAUUGGGUUUUGCAGUCCGUUGAAUCUUUUGACAAACACCUGUGCUUGCUGACAUAAUCACAUCUUUGAUGGUCGGCAGUUCAUAUUUAUUGUCAGUUAUACCCCAUUUCCAUUUUUCCACCCACGUGUUUCAUUCACCCCUUUCCUUUUCCUCAGACUUCCCAGUUAGUUCAAUUCAAUCAUUAACCCCCAAAAGCCUGAAAGAUCCCACUACUCUCUCAAUAACUUGUCUCUUUUCUGUAUCUUAUUAAUUCCUUGCUUCUGAUUCAUUAAUUAUGGCGGUUUGGAGCCGUGCAGUGGUAAGAUGGCGAUGUAGAACCACCAAUUUAACCCGGGGUUUUUGUUACAAACCUUCUGAAGACAAUGUUAAAGUAGUUGUAUCUCCGACUAAUUGUCUUGAAACUAAGGGCAGAAAUGUCCAGUGGGUGUUCUUGGGUUGCCCUGGUGUCGGAAAAGGGACCUAUGCAGCUCGGCUAUCUAAGCUUCUUGGCGUACCCCACAUAGCCACUGGUGAUCUCGUUCGCCAACAACUCUCCUCUCAUGGUCCUCUUGCCUCACAGCUUGCAGAUAUUGUUAACCAAGGGCAAUUAAUUUCAGAUGAAAUUGUAAUUGAUUUACUAUCAAAAAGUCUUGAAGCUGGAGAAGCUAAGGGUGAAACAGGAUUUAUUCUUGAUGGAUUUCCUCGAACUAUGCGGCAGGCGGAAAUCUUAGAGGGAGUGACGGACAUCGACCUGGUGAUUAAUCUGAAGCUUCGGGAAGAUGCGUUGAUUGCCAAGUGCUUAGGAAGAAGAACUUGUAGCGAGUGUGGAGGCAAUUACAAUGUUGCCUGCAUUGAUAUGAAGGGUGAAGAUGGCAAAACUAGAAUGUACAUGCCUCCCCUUCUCCCUCCGCCGCAUUGUGAAACCAAACUUAUUACACGGUCUGAUGACACUGAAAAUGUUGUGAAGGAACGCCUCCGCAUCUACCAUGAAAUGAGCCAGCCAGUGGAGGACUUUUAUCGCAUGCGGGGAAAGCUGCUGGAGUUUGAUCUCCCUGGAGGAAUUCCAGAGUCAUGGCCAAAGUUGCUCCAUGCUUUGAAUAUCUAUGACGAUGAGGAUAAGAAAUCUGCAGCAGCAUGAUAAUGUUUACUAGUGUUAUUUAUAGGUUCAUUCUUUGCAUGCAUUGAAAUGCGUGGGCGUGUAUUUAAUUUAAAAGCACCACAAUGGGGCUCCCUAGCCCUUUUCUAUCUCCCUCGCUAUUGCAUUAUUAUGCUAACAUUUGUAUGGACUAUGGUGUAUUUCUAAGUCCAAGUUUUUUCAUAAAGGUCAGCAAAGCUAUGUUUACCUUAGGACGUGAUUUCAAUAAAAUUUUGAUGAUAUAGUAGGGGUGAA